AUGAUAACAAAUUAUUUUAUUGGUUUUUUAUUAAUUUAUUUAAUAAAUUCUAAUCCAUUAGAACGAAACAGAUGUGAUCUAUGUAAUUUAACUGGAGAUUUUAUUCCAUCAAAUGGUUAUGAAUGUUUUAUAACAAAUGAUUAUAAAGUAAUAUGUACUUGUCCUGAUUAUCUUCAAUCAACAAUAAAUCGUCCAUGUCGAAUUUGUCAACGAGAAAAUAUAUGUGGUCAAUCAAAUGCAUUAUGUUCAGAAGAUCCAACAUUUUUUAAUUUAAAUAAUAAAAAUUCUCAUUUUGCUUGUUUGUGUUCAUCAGGUUUAUAUCAAUUCGAUAAUAAAUGUCCACAAGAAAUAAAUCCUCAAACAAGUCAAAUCAAUGAAAUUUAUCAAACAACAAUAAUAUCAAUAUCAACAACAAAUUUAAUAGAAGAAACAACAAAUAAUUCUCUAACAACAACAACAAAUAUAUAUACAGAGCAAAUAAAUUCUAAUUCAAUGUUAACAAAUUCUUUAAUAGAAGAAACAUCUACUCCGAUUUAUACGACAAUAAAUGUUCCAAUGAGUUCAAUUGACUUGGAAAAAGAACGAACAACAAUUGUGUUAGAAGAUGCGACAACAAAUCAAUUCCCAACAAUAGGUGGAUGUCGAUCGACAAGUUCACAUAUAUUUGUUAAGACAUAUUUAAUUAUAUUAUCAAAUCUUGUUUAUUUCUUAAAUAAAUGA